AUGCAGUUUGAAGACAACGACCAAAAGGUUGCUAUCUCUCACGCAUUGACGCUCGGCGAUUACGCGCUUGGUGCGCUGCUACUGCCAAGUGGGAAAUGCUUUGCGAACUAUGCCCCCUGGUGCCCACCGCCUGAAAUGAUUGAAGAGAUGCUUCGGUUUGAACAUUUUCGGUGGGAUGAAGAUCGUAUUUCAGACGUUGUCGCUUCCUUAGCAGCGACAGGAAGACUGGACGUGAUGCAGCAGCUUUUCCAGCUUUUCUCGCCCCUCAAAGAAGAUCAUGCGUGUUGGAAGAAGGCUUGGCGCAACUCGCUGCUAACAGCAUGCGAUCACGGCAAGUUGCUUGUGCUACAAUGGCUGAUGAAGCAUCCAUUGGGGUAUGAAGAAGAGUGUACUUGUAUAAUAUUGCGUGCUCAAUUAGUGGACAGUGCUGCUACGAGAGGGCAUGUGGUUGUGAUGGAGUAUUUGCUGGAGGAAAGGGCUUUCAACGAGAGAGGCGUGAGCUUUGAUACGAUCGAUCGCGUCUGUAAGGACCAAUUUGAGAGCGUGAAAGGGCUACUGGAUCAUGAGUUACUGGAAGGAGAAUCGCAAUUAUCCUACGCCAUUGCAAGCGCCGCACGAUACGGUCGGUUGGACAUCUUGCAGCUGUUCGAGACGUUGGAUUCCCCCGCGAAAGAUGGAGUUGUGGGACUCAAACGAAAGCGAACAGGCCAACAAUAUUUGAUUUGGGGUAGCGACAAAAAAGCGCAUUACUCGGCCGCGGAAGGAGCUUUAUUGUCCGGCCACGUGCGCUUCGCGCUCUGGCUGAGCAAGAAGUUCCCUGCCAUUGCUCUAAGCUACAAGGAUGUGUCAAGAAGUGAGGUGUUCCGUGUCGACGCUGGGUAUGCCGAUAAUCUGUUUGAGGUGCUGCUCUUCCUACGCGUUGUAUAUCCGGGUGUGUUCACGCCAGGAUUUCUUCAAGAACUUCGGAAGAAAUUUUCGGGUUCGUGCCAUGUCGAUACUCACAACUCUAGCUUCGCUCUGGCUUGGCUCGACGAAUACUUUUCCAGCUCGCUACGUGCCAUUCGAAGAUCAUGA